CUUCAACCCAACCGUGAUUCUAGUGGAUCCUCAAAAAACACCAAGGUAAAGGUCUAUAAAGGGAAUUCAAAAAGACAUCUCAUAAUCGAUACCCAUCUUCAAGACUUCUCUCCGCCGUAGCCUCAUCCACCACCACCACCAUGCCCCCUGCAACCGCCCAAAUCGCCGCCCUCCGCGCCGCCCUCGCCAACACCUCCUCCCCCGCCAUCGCCAUGGCGGCCCACAACCCCCUAACCGCCAAACUCGCCUUCGAAGCCGGCUACUCCGCCAUUUGGGUCUCGGGCUUCGAGCUCUCGGCCUCCUACGCCGUCCCCGACGCCUCCAUCCUGCCCGUCUCGACCCACCUCGAAGCCACGCGCGCCAUGGGCGAAGUCCAGCCCCUCCCACUCAUCGCCGACCUCGACACGGGCUACGGCAACGCCGUUAACCUGACCUACGUCGUGCGCAAGUACGAGGAGGCCGGCGCGGCGGCCGUCGUCAUCGAGGACAACGUCUUCCCGAAAGAAAGCAGCCUGCGCGCAGAGCCCGCGGGCGCGAAGCGCAAACUGGCCGGGAUCGCCGAGUUCCAGGGCAAGAUCGCGGCGGCGAAGGCGGCGAGCAGCGUGCUGGUGAUUGCGCGGACCGAGGCGCUGAUCGCGGGGUAUGGGGAGGAGGAGGCGCUGAAGCGCGCGGGCGCGUGGGCAGAGGCGGGCGCGGAUGCCGUGCUGAUCCAUAGCAAGGCGCGCACGCCGGAUGAGGUGGUGGGGUUUUGUAAGAGGUGGGAUGGGAGGGUGCCGGUGGUGAUUAUCCCGACGAAUUAUCCGCAGUUAGGGUUUAAGGCGGCGGGGGAGCUGGGGAAGGUGGGUUUGGUGAUUUGUGGGAAUCAUACCGUGAGAGCCGUGGUGGAGGCGGUGAGGAGGACGUAUAAGAGGAUUUUGGAGGAAGGGGGCAUUGAGGGGAUCGAGGGGGAGAUUGCGAGUGUGCAGGAGGUGUUUAAGUUGCAGGGGGAUGGGGAGAUGAGGGAGAUUGAAAAGAAGUUUUUGAGGUAGGGGUGGCGGCGACUAACGUACCCAUGGCAUCACGAAGAAAUCAUGGAAAAGAGUUG